AGCGCGUCGAUACUGGGUGCUGGGGCCCCCUUGGUUUCUGUCAUCGACCGGUUGAACAGAGAAGGCAGCUGCGUGGCUUGUGGUAGAUCUGAGCCGGGCAUAAUCCGGUUAUGACUAAAGCCAACCGAGCAGCUAGCACCUCGAUUUCCGCGUUCGGAUGCUCCUGCCGGCUUCUUGGGGAGACUAGGGGAGGAAGUGGAGAGGGAGGAGUCCUCUCCAGAAAUUGAGAAGUAUGUUUAGGAAAACUGAGAGGUAGAGGGAGAUCUCCUCUUUAUGCACUCCUGGAUGGAGCCAGCUAGCUGCUGGGUUGUGGAAGAUUCUGAUCCCUCCUCUAGGAUGGAUCUGGAGAAAGAUUUGGAAUGGAUAGAAAGGAAGUCUUGUUUUGGACCAUAAGCAUUCAGGAGCAUUUUAUCCACAAGAAGGGGGAAGGUUAUAUUGUAAAAUGCCUAAAGAGGUGGAAAGAGAUCCAGAUUACUAACCCAGAACUGUAAGGUGUCUUGGAACCUCCUAGGUGUCCCCAUUAUCAGAGAACUCUGUGCUAGGUGCCAUGGGUGUAACCACCAGGCUCAGAGAACCAGGCCCGGGCACCAGAAGAGAGAAAUAGGGACUGUGAAGCUCAGUAUGCCUGGUAUCAGUGGGGUGGAAAUCCUUAUUUAAGUAAAGAAAGUGGAGUUGUGGGUGAUGCUUUAGAUAAAACUUUACAAAAUUUCUUACAAAGGGGUUGGUGCUCAGCACCCCAGAAUCUCAGCCCAUAGCUUGGGUGCAAGGGUUGAGUGUAGAUGCCUGGGCUUGUUUUCAUGUCACUCAGUCCUGAGUCAUUUUCCACUGUGGAAAGGUGGGAAAACUAACCAAUUGAAAAGGAGGGCUAAGCGUGGUGGCACACACCUUAUGUAUGUAAUUCCAGCUACUCAGAAGGGUGAGGCAGGAGGAUUGCUUGAACCGGGGAGGCAAAGGUUACAAUGAGCUGAGAUCAUGCCACCGUACUCCAGCCUGAGCAACAGAGUGAGAAUCUGUCUCAAAACAAAAAAAUCAGUUUUUAUGAAUGGUGGUAAAGUGGAGGGUGGGUCCCUAUGGUGCAGAAGGGAAAUUCCAUGGUCCUGCUGUGCAUCCAACUGGCAUGGCUGUUGAAAUCCUCUUCUAGCAGGCAGCUUUGGAAACAGAAAAAGAAACUCUUCCUCCUUUAGAAUCCUGGAAGGACUGUGCAGUGCCUCUAGUCCAAGUCCUUUGUUUUCUGAAUGAAGAUAGUGAGGGAGGUUCAUCUCCAGAAGGGAAGGAGCUGGAAAUGAGGUCACUACAUCCCAGCCCAGGGUUCCUGGAUGAUCCAGGAAGGGAAGAAGGAGCAAGCUUUCUCAUUCUUAGGACGAGCCUGUGGAAUGGGAGACACCUGACCUUUCUCAAGCUGAGAUUGAGAAGAAGAUCAAGGAGUACAAUGGCCAGAUCAAUAGCAACCUCUUCAUGAGCUUGAACAAGGACGGCUCUUACACAGGCUUCAUCAAGGUUCAGCUGAAACUGGUGCGCCCUGUCUCAGUGCCCUCCAGCAAGAAGCCACCCUCCUUGCAGGAUGCCCGGCAGGGCCCAGGACGGAGUGCAAGUGUCAGGCGCCACACUUCCUUUUACCUCCCCAAGGAUAUUGUCAAGCACCUGCAUGUGUUGUCACGCACAAGGGCACGUGAGGUCAUUGAGGCCCUGCUACGAAAGUUCUUGGUGGUGGAUGACCCCCGCAAGUUUGCACUUUUUGAGCGGGCUGAGCGUCACGGCCAAGUGUACUUGCGGAAGCUGUCGGAUGAUGAGCAGCCGCUGCGGCUGCGGCUCCUGGCGGGGCCCAGUGACAAGGCCCUGAGCUUCAUCCUGAAGGAAAAUGACUCUGGGGAGGUGAACUGGGACGCCUUCAGCAUGCCUGAACUGCAUAACUUCCUGCGUAUCCUGCAGCGGGAGGAAGAGGCGCACCUCCGCCAGAUCCUGCAGAAGUAUUCCUAUUGCCGCCAGAAGAUCCAAGAGGCCCUGCACGCCUGCCCCCUGGGGUGACCUUGUACUCCCAGGUGGAAGGCGGAGAGCAGGCAGUGCCAAGAGCGUGCUGUGUGAGUGUGACAGGGCCAGUGGGACCUGUGGAAUGAGUGUGCAUGAAGGCCCUCCUCCGCUGGGGGAAUGAGCCCAGAGAACAGCGAAGGAGCUUGCCCCCUGUGUCCACCUGUGGGUGUAGCUGGGUAUGGCUCUGCACCCCUCUGCCCCUCUGUACUGGGCAUUGGUGGGCCAGGGCUACCCUGGGAAGGAGCAGGAGUGGAGCAGACAGAAGUCUCCUCAAUUUGUGUCUCAGAAGUGAGAAUCUUGGAGACCCUACAAACAGAACAGGGUCAUGUUUGCAGGGGUGAGGGCCCUCAUCUAUAGGGAAGGGUUUUGGAUCUUGAAUGUGGUCUCAGGAUAUCCUUAUCAGAGCUAAGGGUGGGUCCUCAGAAUAAGGCAGGCACUGAGGAAGAGUCUUGGUUUCUCUCUACAGUGCCAACUCCUCAUACACCCCGAGGACAGGGAGUACUGGCUCACAGUGCAGCAAGUGCCUUUAUGCCUCAUAGGAAGAGGAUAUCCCUGGGCCAGGGUCUGUGUGAAUGUGGGCACUGGCCCAGGUUCAUACCUCGUUUGCUAAUCAAAGCCAGGGUCUCUCCCUCAGGUAUUUUCCAUGAAGUGUGUGGAUGUAUGUAAUGUGUGGUGGCCUCAGCUGAAUGGCUCCUGUGGGGAAAGGGGUCGGGGUGACAGUCAUCAUCAGGGCCUGGGGCCUGAGAGAAUUGGCUGAAUAAAGUUUUAAAGAUCC